AUGGUGUUCUAGGUUGAACUGAGUCAGCAGAAAUAGGAGAUAGUGGAUCUAAGUGAUAAAUUGAAAAGCACUCAAUAAGGUUACUCAACUACUGUGGCUACUUCAUUUUUAUAAACAUCUUUUAAUUAGAAAUAAGAUAGUUUAUUCAAAGAUAGUCAUACACUAGAGAGUGUGGGUUAAACAGAAGGGGAAUAUAGCAUCAUGUCUAAUAAGAAUAGAGGGUAGAAAAUGAUGUUGAAGAUAAUAUAAGAUCCCAUAACUAAUAUAAAGAAAUAGAAGGAAAUAAUUAAAAGAGAAAUUACUUAAUGGUAAGAUGAGUUCCUAAAGAAAGAAGGUCGACCACCUUCUAUUAAUGAUAAAUAAUCGAUCAGUACAAAGUUUUAUCAAUACACUAUAUUGAAGAAAUAAUUAAAUGAUCGAAGCACUGUCAUAUAGGAUAGCACAGAUUGCAAGAAUAUGCAUCAUAGAUAUAUUAAUUUGCAAGAAUAAAUGAAAUAGAAAACUAAUGAAAUUAAGAGACUGAGUUUGUCGGAAAGUGAAAGUGUAUUGCAGAGUAAGACCAUCGAAUAGUUUAGAUAAAAUAAAAGGUAUCAAUUGAAAGUAGCAUAGAUUGCGAGGUUUAAUUUAUAGAUGAUUUUCAAUUUCGACAACUGCUUUAAUCAACAAUCUACUCAAAAAGAUGUAUAUGAAGAGAUACAGUAAUCCCUCUAAGCAAUAUUCCAUGGCUAUAAUUUGUGUAUUUUCGCUUAUGGUCAAACUGGCAGUGGCAAGACUUACACAAUGUUUGGUACAAAAUAACAACCUGGAGUUAUACCCAAUUUAAUAGAGGAUAUCUAUGCUUAUAUUAAAAGAAACAACUUAGAUUGUUCUAUUAUCGUUAAUUCUUUGGAGAUAUACAAAGAAAAUAUCAUAGAUUUACUAAAUGACUAAUAAGGUUCUUUAUCUCUGGAACUUAAGGAGAAUGCGAGUGGGUAAGUGUUUGUUUAGAAUCUUACCAAUAUCAAAGUGCAAAAUAUGUAUGAACUUAUGAAUUUGAUUGAGUUUGCAUCUUCAAAAAGAAGAUAAAGUUUAACUGAGAUGAACGAUUCCAGUUCAAGAUCUCAUAUGUGCACUCAACUUGUAAUUGAAACCUUUAAUAAAAUUACUUAAUAGAAAUUCAUCAGUAGAGUGAAUCUGAUUGAUUUGGCUGGCUCAGAAAGGUGUAACAAAUCAAGACUUAAACAAAAUCAAUUGGAGGAAGCCAAAUACAUCAACAAAAGUCUCUCUGCUCUUAAUGAUGUGAUGAUAGCACUAUCGACAAAGAGUAGUUUCAUUCCAUAUAGGAACAGUAAACUCACUUAUUUGAUGAGGGAAUUCCUAGGAGGAAAUUCAAAAACAAUCAUGAUCAUCAAUAUCUCUCCUUCCUUUAUCAACUUAGAUGAAUCAAUGAGUUCCUUGUAAUAUGGGCAAAAAGUUAAAUAAAUAACUAAUUAACCCAUUAAGAAUUUAGAACCAGUGGAACAACUAAAGAAAUUAUAAAAAGUAUGUAAUUAGCAUGAUGAAAAUACGUAAUUAAGAUAAUAAAAGUGA